AGAUGCCACUCCUUUUUUGGUUUGUUAUUGAAGACUGAAUAGUUCUGGUUAAGUAUUUUAGGAUAGUAACAAAAUCUUGCUAAAAUUAAAACAAUUUUCUGUAUGGAAGUAAAAAGGGUAGUUAAUUCAAAAGAAGAAAGGAACUUCAGAUAUAUGGUAGGCGGUGGUCAUUUCUACAUGGAAUAAUCAUGGAGCAGUCUUUACUGAGGGUCUAACAUUUCCAAAUGCUUCCAGUGAUAUAGAAAUAUUACUUGAAAUCAUCUUCAUCCAUAAAAUUGGAUUUAGAGUUCAGCUGGAAUCUUUCAUAACGGAGUGAAGCUAGAAACUUGACAGAUGCCUGUGCCGCCACCGCCUCCUCCCCCUCCGCCACCACCUCUACCAGCUUCUGGAGGACCACCCCCACCACCUCCACCAUUGCGAUCUUCAUUACCUCUGGCAAGUACAGAGCCCCCAAAGUUCAGAAAGGAAGAUCAAAAAGAUCGAAGUGCAUUGCUAGCAGAUAUUCAACAAGGGGCUCGCUUAAGGAAAGUUACCCAAAUCAAUGACCGAAGUGCACCACAAAUUGAAAAACCCAGAGGACCUAACAGAGAUGGAGGUGGCCCAGCAACCAGCAAAAGUGGUGCUCAACCAUCGUUGGGGGGCUUGUUUGCAGGUGGCUUUCCCAUGCUGAAACCGGUUGGCCAAAGAGACAUGACGGCUGGCAAGGCUGGGCAGCUGCCUGGAGUACGAGUGCCUCCUCCAAAGUCUCCAGCCCCAUUGAACAGCAAUGCCAAAGCAAGCAGUCAUGUUUCAAGUCCGCCUGAUUGUCCAAGAGCAGCACACCCAUCGGAGCUACCCAGUGGGCCACGAGCAGGACCAGCUCGGCCCAGCAUGCCUGCCCCUCCCCCACCUCCGCCAGUUUCCAGCAAACCUUCCCUUGUUUUCCCACCUCCUCCACCUCUUCCCUCUCCUCUGGAAAAACCUGCAAAAGUGUCACCCCCGAAUUUGGUUCCUCCACCACCACCACCUCCUCCUCCUCAGAGUGACAAGCCCGCCAAGGUUCAAGCAACAGCUUUGUACCUGCCGCCUGCUCCCCUGCCCCUGGCACUGCCUUGUGGAUUGCCAGUCAGAACAACUGACUUUCCUAGUACUUCUCCCCUACAGCCUGAUUUGAGGGAUUAUCCACCUCCAACUCCUCCUCCGCCUCCACCACCACUGCCUCCUACUUCUUCACCCAGGGGAUCCUUGCCGCUGCCACCCUCCCCUACCUUUAACAGCGCUGUGAACAGCCAUGACAUUCCACCCGCACUGCCCCCCAAAUCUCCACACUUGCUGUUCCAAAAACCUGGUAUUCAGUCCAUGCCUCUCCCUCCUGCCCCACCCUUCUCUCAGCCAGCUGCAGCAGUGCAGAAAAAGAGACAAGGCAGAGGUGCAGUAAGCAACACGGGGAAGUUAAUUCCGCCUCCGCUGCCUCCAGCAAGAUCACCAUCAACUGAGCUUACGAGCAAGUGUCCAUAUACCCAAGUUUCAUCGUGGCCAGCUGCACAUGAGCCCUAUCCACAGCACAGAAAUGGACACAUGCACAUCAUUGAUGACUUUGAGUCUAAGUUUACUUUCCAUUCUGUGGAAGAAUUCCCCCCUCCUGAUGAAUUCAAGCCAUUUCAGAGAAUUUAUCCCAGCAAGGCAUCUAGAGAUACCCCUAAAAAUCCUCCACUAAGAACACAUGUGAGAUGAGAAGAUCCCUCUAACAGACCUCUGGUGCAGUACUACACAGGACGAGUGAAGAUAACAAGAUAAUAUAUGAAACAGAGGAGGUUUUGUUAAAUGAGUAGAGAUUAUAUUUUAACAAUCAAAUGAUGCAGUGUUGGACCUGAUUUGAUAUUUUUAAAACUGGAAAAGAAAUACUUUAAUUAUGCAUUCUCUGAACUAGUCUAGUCAUCGUUUGGCAAUAGAGGAGAGUGCUGGCACAGGCUUUUAAAUUAUUGUUGGAUACUUUACUUCAGGAAUUUUUAAAACCAAGCACCAUGAGAUUUAAAUUCUUUAGUAGUGUUCACUAUGUAAUUCUCAUUCAAAUCGUCAUCAAGAGAUAUCAUCUCAAACAGUAUUCCAUGCAUUAAAUACACUCAGAUAUUUUUCUGUCACCUUUUAAAUAUUUUUAGUAUUCCCCCCGCCCCCACCCCAAGAGCUCUAAUUAUAUUUACAGGAGUUUUCAAUUAGCUAUCUGAAAAUAAGAUAUUAUAUAUUGUAUGGUUAUUGGCAUGACUCUAUAAUCUCAUUGUAAGUUACUCUGCUGCCUGUUUCCUACCUACCCCCCACACCGCUGCAAAAUGACCUCUCCUUCAUUACCACCACAGAGGGGUCCAUAAUUACAGGGAUUUAUUGGUCAAACAUAUACAUACGCAGGAGAAAGGGGCUGCGGACACCACUGCACACAGUACGCUACUCUAUCUCAGGUUUGCUAGUGGGUGUACCCGUCAGAAGGGAAUGAGCUAGAACAUGACUGACUGGACUGCCUAACAGCAUUGCCAUGCAUUGGCAGAUAGGGCAAAGCUUUUCCGAAGUGCUUCUCCUGAGGUCAGAAAGCAAAACUGGGAUGAAUGCAUUUGCCAAUAAGUGUUUGUUUAAGGACACAGCUGGACCAUCAUGUCUCUAAAAUGUGAGCCUUUUGUACAGUAUAGAUUUUCUCUUUAAAUAUUGCUUAUUGCUAGCCAGGAGCCCACCUGCCACUUGUUUGACAGGCUUUCUAGACAUUGUCAUUCCCUCUCUCUCCUCUGCCCCCACAUUACCCCCAACAUGCCCCGCUCCAGAUAGCUAAAGAAGCUUUUAAUAGCUAAAUACUAGAAAGAAGACAACUGGUAUUGCUCAUUCUCACCAAUCUCUUUUGAACGGCUCUGGAAACAAUUGCCAGAAGUCCUCCUUCAUUUACAUGCUCCAUGCAGCUCUUUUCACCCAAAUACUAAAUGCGAGCCAUGAAGGGCUGCAGUCUGGAACUGCAGAUUGAUUCGCAAGAUACCUCAGUUUGCCAUAGGCACCAAAAACUCUCCUCCCCCUUCUGCCAGUUGCCGUGGUGGCUGACAGGGUGGUGAGCUAAUGCAGGUUACCUUAAUUACCUCACUGGAAAUCAGACUUUUCCUGGCAGAUGCACCCAUAGGUUGGUUUGUCUCUGAUUGGCUUAAAGUUAUACAAUUAAAAUGGCCAGGUUAAGGGUGCUUCAAUCAGUCUUUUAAUUCACGUGUUGUUUCCCUUGGAGACUCUCAAUUUCAGGACCCUGGUCCUGAUUUUCCACAGAGUGGCCUUAAUCUCUUGUUUUUCAGGAGCAUGGGGGUGCCUGAAAUCAUUCCAGAGGUUCUGCACUCUGGCAGGCACCUCCUCAUUAAUCCUCCUCUUUCCAGGGGAGCAGUGGCUGCUUAGCUGAACAGAACUGAUUCUGCAAGCAGCAGCCAGGAGGGGGAGCAGCAGGCUGCAGAUCGGAGGAGGAGGAGGGAGGUAGGAAACUCUUCCCGGUUGGCUAGAAAAGGAUCAAGAUUCUGGUUUCCACUUCUCAGUACAGAGAACCUGGGCCCCUCCCUAGGUUAGCAGAGGUGGUAGUGAUUUCCAAGGGAGGAAACUCAAAUGUGGAACCAGAGCAGGGCCGGCUCCAGGCACCAGCUUGCCAAGCAGGUGCUUGGGGCGGCCACUCUGGAGAGGGGUGGC